UGAAUGCUGCUAGCAGCCCAGACCUGGAGUGACAGUGGGACCACCGCCUCUGGCCGCAGCCUGGGACACCCCAUGUGAAGAGAAAACAUUUGAAGAAAAAUCACAGCCAUGCAUUACAGAAAAUUCUUCUUGACACUUUUGAUUCUUAGAAUUAAAAGCAGCGCACAAUCUUGCAGGUUAGCGGAUAGCACUAAUGCAGUAGAAGGGGAGCCGUUUUGUCUGCGAUACUACUUGCUUUCAUCUGCUCGUGGGAAUGAAACAGCCACCAUAAAAUGGUACAAACGCAACCAAACACGUGAAUGGGUAGAGCUGACCCCCAGAAGUUCACCCAGAAUUACUUUGCAUGGUCAUGUUUUGGAGUUUUGGCCUGUUGAGUUAAAUGACCAAGGAUUCUACCUUUCCCAAAUUGGAAAUGCUACUCACGAACAGGUCUUAAAGGUCGCCCGAAGAGACAAGCACAGCUGUUUUAGUAAAACACAGGUGACCAACAUAAACGUGACAGUUAAAAAAUCUCUGAAGAUUAAGUGCACUAAAGAUUACUAUGAAAAGUGGAUCAAGAAAACUGCAUUAUAUAAGAACUGUGAAAAGAUAGAGGAGAACAGCAAAACCCUAUCGAUGGUAAAGAAUGCCGAGUUUGAGGAUCAAGGAUACUACUCCUGUGUGUUUUCCCUUCUUCGUAAUGGAAACCUAUACAACCUUACUAGCACUUUCAAUGUGACUGUACUUAAAGGGCAUACUAAAAGAAUUCCGGUUUUCUUGGGACCAAAGCUUAACCGUGUUGAAGUAGAAAUUGGUGAAAAUAUAGAACUCAACUGCUCUGCUUUGGCAAAUAAAAAUGAUGUCUUUUAUUGGACCUUCUGGGAAAACAAUGAGACACAUGUUAAUGUACACGAAAAGGAAAAGGAAACCUGGGUUUCAGAAGGCAAGGAGUACGUUUCACAGAUAUUGAAAAUCGAGGGAGUUAAUGAAAAAAAUAUAGGAUUUUUAUAUAACUGCACGGUGGGUGACGCGGGAAGCAUAGACACCCAGAGCUUCAUCUUAGUGAGGAAAGAAACAAGUGAUAUCACAAACCACGUCUUCAGGAGAGGAAUGAUCAUAUCAAUUUUCAUCUCAGUGGCCGUGGUAUGCCUGGUGAUUUUGUGUGUCAUUUGUAGAGUCGACUUGGUUCUGUUCUAUAGACAUUUAGUUGGAAGAGAUGAAACCUUAACAGAUGGAAAGACAUAUGAUGCUUUUGUGUCAUACCUAAAAAAAUGUCCCUCUGAGAGGGAAGAAGAAUACACUUUUGCUGUGGAGACUUUGCCCAGGGUAUUGGAGAAACAUUUUGGAUAUAAGUUAUGCAUAUUUGAAAGGGACGUGGUGCCUGGAGGAGCUGUGGUGGAUGAAAUCCAUUCGCUGAUAGAGAAAAGCCGGAGAAUAAUCAUUGUGCUAAGUAAAGGUUACAUGUCAAAUGAAGUCAUGUACGAACUUGAGAGUGGACUCCACGAAGCACUGGUGGAAAGAAAGAAUAAAAUCAUCUUAAUUGAGUUUUCCCCAAUGAUUGACCUUGCCUUGUUGCCUCAGUCGUUAAAGCUUUUGAAGUCACACAGAGUUCUGAAGUGGAAGGCUGAUCAGCCUCUGUCUUACAACUCAAGGUUCUGGAAAAAUCUUCUGUACUUGAUGCCUGCAAAAGCCACCAAGCCAGGUCAAGAAGAAUCAGAAGUUUUGCCUGUUCUUUCUGCACCUUGAUGCUCACAAAAGCUCAAGGUGCAGAAAGAACCCUGGCUGCGCUGGAGACUCAGUGUCGGAGACUGCGUGUAGCAAGGGCUGUUCUUUAAAACGCUGUGGCAAGCCUCUUUGAAGCACGAAGACCAAAUGCGUCACUAGGCCUCCAGGAGUGAGACUAAACCUGGAGCCGCUGUCACCUGCUCCCAGAAGACUUUGGAAUUCAAGGAAGUAGAGCUCCUCUUCCUCCGGCUUCCAGAACCAC